AUACAAGGAAGAAACGAAACUUGCCGUCGGUCUGAAAUCACACGUUCAAAUCGCAAAGGUUACUCUGUAUUUCAUUGUAUGGUUCGUAAUCUUCGAAGAACAGGAUUGGAGUACUUUCCAAGUGAUUUAUAUAUAAAUAUGUCAUUAUGUUUGCGGAUGUCGCAGUUCAUCAUGUUGCAUACUGUGGUCCAGUUUCAAUGAUAUUAUUAUAUGUCACCUGAUUUAAAUGCGUACGCACAUCAAGUUCAAACAGAGGCAUUUUUGUGCAACGAUUGUUGUAGAGUGGAGGCAAAGUCCUAAGCAUUUUGAUUGUGACUCAUACAUAUUCUUGAACUGUCGUAUACCAUAACGCGCAACGAGGAAUGAACGUUUAGAGAUACUGCAGUAUAUACGAACGAUCAUGUCUGCCAGUAGAAUAAUGGGGGUCUUCGACGGCCUGCAUAAUGGCGGGAACGGUACCCCAUCUCCCCCUGACAUGAACAUACAACUGACCGCAUCCACAAACUGUACCCGUGGACCCGAUUGGACCCUCUUCAUUCAUUGCUGUAUACCACCAUCGAUCAUCAUAUUCUUAAUUCUGAGUUUCUUUGGGAAGAUGUACAACUAUCGACUAAGAUCACUAUUUGGCAUUAAACAACUCGCCGUUGUCUUCCCAAUCAACCUCUUGGAUGACCACGAGCAUAGGUGGUCACACGCCCUGGCUUUCGGCGCCACAGCCUCCAUCAUCUUCGAUCUCUUCUCCGGGGAUUACACCAGUUUAUAUGUCAAAACAGGCGAAGUGGAACCUUGGCUCAAAAUAUUCCUAGGGGCAGUUGCGACUGUUGAGCUUGGCACCGUUCUCUUUCCCUUUUUCGCCUGCAUCUCCUCGCCAUCCCUCUUCGUUGGAUCCCUCCUUGGUUUCAUCUACGUAGCUAUAUGGUUUUCUGUUCAGUUAUCACACAUUAUCACCUGUCCCAAUAUUGACGGCGGAAAGGGGUUUCCAUACGAGUCUGUUAUCAUCCAACUUCCGGUACUCAUCUUCACAUUUCUUCUGAUGAUAAGGUUUCUUUACUUCCUCAUUAUAUCAAUCAUGAAGAAGAUACAGAAAACCAAGAUAUCGAGUGAAGAGAAGUUGAUGCAAUCCUAUCAAGCCCAGCACGUGCAAGCUCUCCUCCGACCACCGCUCCCUCCCAGGAUCUACACGAAGAGAUGGGAAAUGAUUGCCUACCAUUGGUACGAACCAACACAAAACUUCAUCUAUCCAACACGAAUAAUUUGCACAUUUGUUGUUGCUGUGCUUUGUGAAUACCAGAUCGCGAUCCGGACCACGUAUGGUUUGGACCAAGCUCUUGGCGAUGCAUUCAAGAAGUUUCGCGAAUGGUACACCGUCUUUGUAAUAAGUGAAGAUAUCCCGCCUGCUACAGCCAACCAGACGUAUUUAGCUCUUGAUCGUUACGAAACAGCAGCUCAUGUGUCCUGGUAUCUAGCCUGUUCGUUGUCUAUCGCCAUCUCUCUCUUGUAUAUUGCACAUAUCUUCGUCUGCUUCAGAAAACACGUCUUGAGGCUGUACAGAGGAGAUCGGAAAUUCUUGCCAGAUGCGCCCCUAAAUUCGGUCAAGAGCGUGACUGGCAGCUUGCAGUAUUGUGGAUUUCAAAUUGCGUAUUACUUGUCAGGUUACGUCAUAAUGAACGUGAUGUGGUUCGUGGUGAUAUACGUAAUAAGCGGUGCUGUGGUCAUCCCCCUUAUCAACAAUGCGUGGGCUUUUAUUUCUGGAUUUCUCAACGUUGUGGUACCUUUGUUUGCAGUUGCAUUCCUAGUGUUUGGUAGCCAACCUAUCCUGGCUAAAAGGGUCUUUCUCCAGCCAAAGUUAGACCAAAAUGACAAAGAUAAGCCCCUGGCUCUUCAGCAUAGGGAUUUCUACCACAUUUUUUCCUACUUCUUGGUGUUUCUGAACGUGAUUGUUGGGAUGUUGUCCUGCGUGAUUCGAAUCUUGACUGGUCUUUUUGUUGGUGUCUUUCUCUUGUGUCGUAUUGAUCGUCCAAUCUUGAUGCGGGGAUAUGAACAUCUAGACCAAUCAUACCAGGCCUACAUCGGCAAUCUCAACAUGAUCAAUGCGCACAGUCAUCCCGUGGUCGUCGUCUUCUGUCAGAUACUCGUCAACCGGAUCAUCAGUCGUAAGCGAGCCAAGCUGGGGAGGGGAGGAGCCUCCGACAUGGCAGCGUCUUACAGCUUCGUGGAGCAUGAUGUCGAUCGAUCUAAUUCAAAGACAAACUCGUUUGGAAUAGUCAGCUAUGGCAGUACACAUAACACUUCGAGCACAUUGGGCAAGAGCAUAUCUCCGCAAGCUCGAGCCACGAUGCGAUGGCAGCUCGCUUACACUCUCCUCUUCAAUCCCAGUCUCCUGGGCACCCGGAAGCGAUCCCGUCAGAUGACCUACAAGGAGAUGGAGAAACGCAUCCUCAAGGUGGCGACUCUGCUUCCUCACCGGCAGCAGGUCCUGAAGCGAUCCAAGGAGGCAUUCUCAGGUGGUCAGAUCGGGUUAGUGGGACCCACUGAAAGGGUCCGAUCAGCUCCAGGGCUGUUCGUUAAACACCUGGAAGACGACAAGCUGGCCGCCAUGCUGCUGAACCGAGAGCUCAUGGACGACCGUUCCGACGUCGAGGAAGACACACCAGCAGAGGUCAGCGACGUUGACGUUGUCGAGGUCAAAGUGAAGGACGAUGCUGCAGAGACCAUUCGAAACCAGGAGGGUGACGAGGGGAAACGGUCUGGGUUUGAGAGCCGUGUCGAAGACGAUGUUGUUGGAAACAGUGUGCGCCACGAUAUGAAAAGCAAACGAGGGACGGGUGAAUUGAAUGAACUGACACACCUGUCUGAGUUUAGCCAGGGUUCACAAUCAUCCGAAGACACUGAUAAGAAUUCAAGCAAUGCACGUCAAAAUGAACGAACAUCAGGUCUACAUGUCAACGACAGUGUCGUUGAUGUAGACGUUUGUGCCCAAGAACCGAGUAAAAUUGUAGUUUAUCUCGACGGCCCGUCAUCAUCGAGCACGGGAGAUCACGAUCACGCUGAAUCGAAGGACCGCUUGUAAUUAUAUUGAGGACUGUACAUUGCGUCCCAGAAAAAAAGAAAUCGGAAUUUCCAUGUCCUUUUUUUUCUUCAAAGGCAAAUGAAUUAUGAUAUUUAAUUUACAUAUUCGUAUCAUUCAAUUAUUCUUCUUUAUUCUGAUACCUAAUAUGUGACGAACACUUCACGCAUUAUUGAGCAAAACGAGUUUGAAAAUUUAAUGCCAAAACUAGGUCGCGCAAAAAUAUUGGACAAGAUUGGUUCGUGAUACGACGAACGUGCUGAUUCGACGAUUUGUAUUCUUUGUUAAGAUAAUUGUUUGUAAUCCGCCAUGCGUAAACAAUUUGGUAACUUAAAGGUGUUUGUGUCAAAUUAGACAUGAGAUUCCUUCCUUGCCAUGAGUAUCAAAUUUAUAGUAAAAACAUAUUUAAUCAUUGUGAAAUCUAUCUCUGAAAACGGAUUUCCUUUUUUGGGACGCACUGUAUAUAUAAGGUUGUAUAACAAAUCAAAGUUGUUUUUGCUUUUUAACUUUUUCGAAUUCUUCAUCACGAAAUGGCACUAGGUGACGCCAUUUGUAUAAUGUCUCUGAUAGUUCACCACUAGCGUACCUACGGGGGGGGCAGAGGGGGCAGUCUGCCCCCCCUGACGAACCACAACCCAUGCAAAGGACGUAUCCCUGCCCCCCCCUGACGAGCUUGAAAGACCUUUUUUGCCCCCCCCCUGACUAGCCUGAAGACCUUUAUUGCCCCCCCCCCCUGACGAGCUUGAAGCUCUUUUUUUUUUUUUUUUUUUUUGCUUGACAAUUUUUUUUCUGGUACCAAAUCCUUCAUUUGAGAUUGAAGACAUUUUUUUUUGUGGUUUUUUUUUUUUUUGCUUGUCAAAUUUUUUUCUGGUACGAAAUCCUUCAUUUGUGAUUGAAGACCUUUUUUUUUUUUUGCUUGUCAAAUUUUUGGCGGACGGUUUUGACCCCCCACCCCUGUGGAAAAUCCUAGGUACGCCACUGUAGUUCACACUUAUGUCUUUGCACAUCGUUCGCUUUUAAUAAUACUAUAAAUACUAGGCUACACCGUCAUCAUUAUAUCCUGAAUUAUGAUGAUGGGUAUCAUGAUAUAUUACGAAUAAAGGCGCAGAGAGAAGAACGAGAGAAAGAGAUAGGCAAACGAGGGGGACAUAGAGUUAGAGGGGAAGACUUAAUAAAAAUGGGGAGAGAGCUUAACCUUGUACCAGUUGAGAGAUAACACAUCACAAAAAACAUGAUGAAACUGACUUAUUCUAAAUGAACCAAAUUGUCGAAAUGCUCUACCCUGCUCCACUGUCCUUUAACACGCUGUUAAAUUUAGCCAUGCAAAAGGAUAAUCCGUUAAAAGGGUUUUUGAUUCAGUCGCAAUGGGCGUCCUACAAAAUGCUGUCGAUGCCAUAAAUAUGAUGAAUGUGUAUUAUUAAUAACCCUUUCAUUAAUCCAAUCCAAAUCACCACGACUCGAAAGUGAAGAAUGUGAUGAAAGCUAUGUAAUCGGGUCAAUUCCUAAUGAAUAAAUUCGCAGUCUUAAAUAAUUCAUCAUUAAAACAUGUAUGAU